AUGUCCUCUUCCGCCGCCAGUAAGAAACCACUGAUUAUCUUUUGCCACGGAUCCGGCGACACGGGUGCAGGUGCCCAAGCAUGGAUUGAAUCCUUGGUUCCACCCCAAGUCUAUCGUCAAUGGGACUGGAUCUUUCCGACGGCCCAGCCCAUUCCAUAUAAACUCAAUGGAGGCAUGGUGACCAGUGUCUGGUACGACCGCGUCGGUGGUUUUGAUCCAAAAUAUCCCGAGCAAACCGACAGUAUUGAACGAUCCACGGAUCGGUUAUUGGCCUUGAUGGAUGAUCAAAUUCAAACCAAAGGAAGAGAUCCCCGUCGUGUGAUUAUCGGAGGUUUCAGUAUGGGUGGAGCCAUUGCCUACCAGACUGCGGCUCGAUGGCACGUCAGGCCCAACGCUGUGCCACUGGGAGGCGUCUUUGGGUUGAGUUGCUAUUUGAAUCAUGAUUCCAAAGUGUGGUCCAUCUUGGAAGAGCAGCAGCAGCACAAGUCUUGGCCUCCCACCUUUAUUGCCCAUGGAGCCAUUGAUGAUUUUAUCCUGGUCAAAUGGGGUCGAGCCACGCAUGAACGGUUGGUCCAAAUGGGUAUCCCCGCCAGCUUUCGAUUGGUUCCCGACACACACCACGACAUGGCACCGGCAGAAAUAGCCGAGCUACUGGAAUUUCUAGACCACAAUCUGCAGGAGGAAGGUGCCGAGGCUUCCAACGAUUGCAAAACAAAAACCAGUUCUACCUCUUGA